AUGACAACCAGUAGUCAGGGUCAGAGCCAAGAGCAUAUAGGUACUAAGCAUCAAAACGACCAUAUCAACAACAGCAACAGCAACAGCAACAGCAACAACAACAGCUCUACGACAAGUGUUAAAUGCGAUUCCGGUCAACCCGUGCAGUAUAUCAAUCCUGAACUCACGACAGUUGAACAAGCCAAACCUGGCCGCACAGUAAACUUGAAGUUUGGGUUUGGUCCCAUUCCUAAACUGGAAACCAACAAGACAUUUUUCUUCUUCGAUAUCGAUAAUUGUCUUUAUCCGAAAUCUACACGAAUAUUUGAGAUGAUGCAGAUUAAGAUUCAUGAUUAUUUUAAAUACAAUUUAAAGCUUUCUGAUGAAGAGGCUGGAAAGUUACACAUGGAUUAUUACCGAACUUAUGGUUUAGCAUUAGAAGGUUUGGUGCGUAAUCACCAGGUUGAUGCAUUGGAUUACAACUCCAAAGUUGACGAUGCAUUGGAUUUGCAUGCAGUAUUGCGCUACGAUAAAUUGCUUAGGGAUACGUUGAUUAAAGUUAAACAAAGCGGCAAGUAUGAUUAUUUUUGGCUUGUUACCAAUGCAUACAAGAAUCAUGCGUUGCGCGUGGUUAGUUUUUUGGGCAUUGGUGAUUUGUUUGAUGGAUUAACUUUUUGUGAUUACUCAAAGUUUCCUAUUGUAUGCAAACCAAUGAAAGAGUACUUUUACAAUGUAUUUGAAGCAACUAGGUUGGAGUAUAAAGACGAUCCGGAAGUGUUGGCAAAACAAUGGUUUAUUGAUGAUAGCGAAUUGAAUGUUAAAGCAGCAUUCGACCUAGGAGUGGGACAUGUCAUUCAUUAUGUCGAAGACGAGCAGAACCUUGUAAGGUUGAAACAGAGCGAAGAUUAUACAAAGUACUAUGGAAAUAAAGAUCACGGAGACAGAAAAAUAUUGAUUUUGACAAAGUUCAGCGAGUUGCCAAAUCUUAUUGAAGCAUGA